AUGGAGUGUUUGUUCGAGGCCUUUGGGAUCCUAGGUAAGGGCGGCCAGCCUGAAGGUGACCCAUCUUCUUGACACCCCAUUGUCUGUGAAUCUUCUCAGCCGUUGGCUUCCAGGUGGCUCCAGGGGGCCUCUUCCACCCAGCGAGGGCUGCCAGGAGGUGAUCAGAAAGGCAUCUGUCUGGGUCUGCUCAGAAGCUGUUUGCAAAAUGACAGGCCUCAUCCUUUGCUGCCCGCCCAGCACCUGCCCUCCCUGACCCCCGUUGCCGUGGUCUUAUUUGCUGGGGGAGAAGCAGCUCUCUCACGCCCGGUUGUUGCUUUUGAGAGCGAGCCAAGCUGCCACCAUCUUGCACCACCUCCCCACUCAGUCCCUGGGCUGCACCCACUUUCCCAAGGGCUCUUUCUCCCCAACAACUUGAUUACUGCCCUCUUAGGUCACCUUGCUCUCUUUGCCGUCUGCUACCAAAAAAAUGCUUUCUUCAAAACUGGUUAGACACACAGAGGACUGGUUUCCAGGUCCUUAAAGGUACCAGGACACCACACAUAUCUGCAUGCAAUUUACAUAUGCUAAUCUAUAUACACCGAUGGCUGGGGCAAAUUAAGAUUGGGACAGGGCAGUAGCUCAGUGGUAGAGCAUGCAGAAAGUCGCAGGUUCAAUUUUAACAUUUUGUAUUACUGUGUCUUUGUCCAUGGAGUUUUCUUGGCAGGGAUACUGGAGUGGCUUGCCGGUUCCUGCUCCAGGUGGAUCACGUUUGGUCAAAACUCUCCACUGUGACCUGUCCAUCUUGGGUGGCCCUGCACGGCAUAGCUCAUAGCUUCUCUGAGUUAUUCAAGCCACUUCGCCACGGCAAGGCAGUGAUCCAUGAAGGGAAUCGUAUAGUUAAAGCCAUGGUUUUCCCAGUAGUGAUGUAUGGAAGUGAGAGCUGGACCAUCAAGAAGGCUGAUCGCUGAAGAAUUGAUGCUUUUGAAUUAUGGUGCUGGAGGAGACUCUUGAGAGUCCCAUGGACUGCAAGAAGAUCAAACCUAUCCAUUCUUAAGGAGAUCAGCCCUGAGUGCUCACUGGAAGGACAUAUCAUGAUGCUGAGGCUCCAAUACUUUGGCCACCUCAUGAGAAGAGAAGACUCCCUGGAAAAAACCCUGAUGUUGGGAAAGAUGGAGGGCACAAGAAGAAGGGGACGACAGAGGAUGAGAUGGUUGGACAGUGUUCUCGAAGCUACAAACGUGAGUCUGACCAAACUGCGGGAGGCAGUGGAAGACAGGAGUGCCUGGCGUGCUCUGGUCCAUGGGGUCACGAAGAGUCGGACACGACUAAACGACUAAACAACAACAACAAAUUACUGUAAUUUUUUCUUGAUUUUCUUGUUAACUUUUUGCAAACUUGAUUGAGGUUACUGUUGUUGUUUUGCAAUCAAGCAGCAUAUAAAUUUUAUGAAACAAAUAAUAAAUAAACAAAUCCCUGGCAGCAUCUCCUGGUAGGGCUGGAAGAGACUCCCUGCCUGAAAUCCUGGAGAGCAGCUGCCUCCAGUCAGCGUGGACAGUCCUGGGCUGGGUGGGACCCAUGGGUGCCAACUCCCUGGGGUCCUGGGUUCCCAAGCACCCACAAAAUUCCCCAUGAAGGGGAUGGGCACCCACAAAUUUCAGUGCCAGGGCCAUGCAUGCUGCAUGGCACCCGUGGUCACAGGGCCAAGCUGGCUUUCCUGAUGGGACCCCAGUGUCAUACUCUACACAAAGUGCUUCCUGCGUUCCUAAGGCAACAGUGGCUGGGCGCUGCCAGUCACCCUGUAAAGGAAAACCUUCUUUGCUAAAAUAAACACUCUCUCUUUUAAAAGAUUAUGUAAUCCAUGGCAACAGUAGUGGGGUUCAGGCCCCCAACAGCAUCUGAUCCAAUCUGGACUCCUCCAGCAAAGGCUGGCUGGUCCAGAAGAAGGCAGGUGCUGCCCCACAGUGGCCACAUUCAGAACAACACCCAAGCCCAAAUCCCCUAAAUUAAAGAAGCAACAACACUGUACAUUUAGCGUGCUUCCCCCCCCCCCGACCAAAGAAACCUGGUAAGCUGUAUUUUGCCCCUCACAAAGCUGUAAUGCCCAGCACCCUUAAACAAGCUACAGCUCCCAGAGUUCUUUGUUUUUGGGGGUGGUGAGGAAGUGCACCUUAAAUGGAUGCCAUGUAAGCAGCACAGCAUCCUACAUUCCACUUCUGGAUAAUCUAAAAUAAAUCCAAACUGCAAGUGGACGAAAUAUACCAAUUGCUGUAUUGUUGUUGUUGACACCUGUCUGUCUCGAGAGACACUGGAGUGUGCCUCUGGGGGUGAAGUCUAACCACUGGAGAAUCACAGCACCUGCUUUGGCUGCAGAGACUUAUAUCUUCUGCCUCCUGCGUUGCUUUUGCUUCGUGGGCAGCAUCAAAGUGACCUCUCCGGGGUGCAAGCCUGGGCUGCCCAGACUACAGGACUCACUGAUGUGGUCCAAAGGAAAGCAGAGCAAAACAAAACAUUUGGCAUCAACUUGACUGCAUAUUAUGGCUGUGAAGGCAGAUGAAAGCUUCAGCAAAUAAGAAUCUACCAGUUGACAUGAUACUCGUGCCAUUGGAAUAGAGCCUUACUGCUAAGGUUGCGCAACAGUCAGCAUGCACUCAUCUACACGCAUAAAACAAAUGCACGCACUGGCGUCUUCCAAAAACCCAUCCCAAACCCAAAAACAGUUCCAUGGUGAUUGGCAAAUGGUAACGGGGGCAGGACCUUGAAAUCUGGAAGUCAUGAACCAGCACAUGGGCGGUGGAUAUAGAUUCGGUCACAGUGAUUCAAGGAAAACAUGGACCACUUCUAAACGUCAUCUCCAACUCUUUGAAAGGUUCUAUCAACGGUGUCUCCGAAACAUUUUACACAUCACCUGGGAAGACAGGUGAACUAAUGCCAGUGUACUGGAAGAAGCAAAGAUCACCAGUGUUGAAGCAAUGAUUCUUCAACAUCAACUUUGUUGGACGGGUCAUGUUGUGCAGAUGCCUGAUGAUCGUCUUCUAAAGCAACUGUUGUUGUUUAGUCGUUUAGUUGUGUCCACCUCUUUGUGACCCCCUGGACCAGAGCACGCCAGGCACUCCUGUCUUCCACGGCCUCCCACAGUUUGGUCAAACUCAUGCUGGUAGCUUCGAGAACACUGUCCCACCAUCUCGUCCUCUGUCGUCCCCUUCUCCUUGUGCCCUCAAUCUUCCCAACAUCAGGGUCUUUUCCAGGGAGUCUUCUCUUCUCAUGAGGUGGCCAAAGUAUUGGAGCCUCAGCAUCACGAUAUGUCCUUCCAGUGAGCACUCAGGGCUGAUUUCCUUAAGAAUAGAUAGGUUUGAUCUUCUUGCAGUCCAUGGGACUCUCAAGAGUCUCCUCCAGCACCAUAAUUCAAAAACAUCAAUUCUUCGGCGAUCAGCCUUCUUGAUGGUCCAGCUCUCACUUCCAUUUAUCACUACUGGGAAAACCAUAGCUUUAACUAUAAGGACCUUUGUUGGCAAGAUGCUGUCUAGGUUUGUCAUUGCUUUUCUCCCAAGAAGCAGGCGUCUUUUAAUUUCGUGACUGCUGUCACCAUCUGCAGUGAUCAUGGAGCCCAAGAAAGUAAAAUCUCUCACUGCCUCCAUUUCUUCCCCUUCUAUUUGCCAGGAGGUGAUGGGACCAGUGGCCAUGAUCUUCAUUUUUUGAUGUUGAGCUUCAGAUCAUAUUUUGCGCUCUCCUCUUUCACCCUCAUUAAAAGGUUCUUUAAUUCCGUCUUACUUUCUGCCCUCAAGGUUGUGUCAUCUGCAUAUCUGAGGUUGUUGAUAUUUCUUCUGGCAAUCUUAAUUCCGUCUUGGGAUUCAUCCAGCCCAGCCUUUCGCAUGAUGAAUUCUGCAUAUAAGUUAAAUAAGCAGGGAGACAAUAUACAGCCUUGCCGUACACUUUUCCCAAUUUUGAACCAGUCAGUUGUUCCAUAUCCAGUUCUAACUGUAGCUUCUUGUCCCACAAAGAGAUUUCUCAGGAGACAGAUGAGGUGAUCAGGCACUCCCAUUUCUUUAAGAACUUGCCAUAGUUUGCUGUGGUCGACACAGUCAAAGGCUUUUGCAUAGUCAAUGAAGCAGAAGUAGAUGUCUCUCUGGAACUCUCUAGCUUUCUCCACAAUCCAGUGCAUGUUUGCAAUUUGGUCUCUGGUUCCUCUGCCCCUUUGAAAUCCAGCUUGCACUUCUGGGAGUUCUUGGUCCACAUACUGCUUAAGCCUGCCUUGUAGAAUUUUAAGCAUAACCUUGCUAGCGUAUGAAAUGAGUCCAAUUGUGCGGUAGUUGGAGCAUUCUUUGGCACUGCCCUUCUUUGGGAUUGGGAUGUAGACUGAUCUUCUCCAAUCCUCUGGCCACUGCUGAGUUUUCCAAAUUUGCUGGCAUAUUGAGUGUAGCACCUUAACAGCAUCAUCUUUUAAAAUUUUAAAUAGUUCAGCUGGAAUAUCAUCACUUCUACUGGUCUUGUUAUUAGCACUGCUUUCUAAGGCCCAUUUGACUUCACUCUCCAGGAUGUCUGGCUCAAGGUCAGCAACCACACUGCCUGGGGUGUAUGAGACAUCCACAUCUUUCUGGUAUAAUUCCUCCGUGUAUUCUUGCCAUCUCUUCUUGAUGUCUUCUGCUUCUGUUAGGUCCUUACCACUUUUGUCCUUUAUUAUGGUAAUCUUUGUACGAAAUGUUCCUUUCAUAUCUCCAUUUUUCUUGAACAGAUCUCUGGCUUUUCCCAUUCUGUUGUUUUCCUCUAUUUCUUUCAUUGCUCGUUUAAGAAGGCCUUCUUGUCUCUCCUUGCUAUUUUUUGGGUUCAAUUUCCUGUAUCUUUCACUAUCUCCCUCACAUUUUGCUUGCCUUCUCUCCCAUGCUAUUUGUAAGGCCUCGUUGGACAGCCACUUUGCUUUCUUGCAUUUCCUUUUCAUUGGGAUGGUUUUUCUUGCUGCCUCCUGUAUAAUGUUGCGAGCCUCCAUCCAUAGUUCUUCAGGCACUCUGUCAACCAAAUCUAAAUCCUUAAACCUGUUCCUCACUUCCACUGUGUAUUCAUAAAAUAUUUGAUUUAUAUUGUAUCUUACCGCCCCAGUAGUUUUUCCUACUUUCUUCAGUUUAAGCUUGAAUUUUGCUGUAAGAAGCUGGUGAUCUGAGCCACAGUCCGCUCCAGGUCUUGUUUUUGCUGACUGUAUAGAGCUUCUCCAUCUUUGGCUGCAGAGAAUAUAAUCAAUCUGAUUUCGAUGCUGCCCAUCUGGUGAUGUCCAUGUGUAGAGUCGUCUCUUGUGUUGUUGGAAAAGAGUGUUUGUGAUGCCCAACUUGUUCUCUUGGCAGAACUCUAUUAGUCUUUGCCCUGCUUCGUUUUGAACUCCAAGGCCAAACUUGCCAGUUGUUCCUUUUAUCUCUUGACUCCCUACUUUAGCAUUCCAAUCCCCUAUAAUGAGAAGAACAUCCUUCCUUGGUGUCAUUUCUAGAAGGUGUUGUAAGUCUUCAUAGAAUUGGUCAAUUUCAGUUUCUUCAGCACCAGUAGUUGGUGCAUAAAUUUGGAUUACUGUGAUGUUAAAAGGUCUGCCUUGGAUUCGUAUUGAGAUCAUUCUAUCAUUUUUGAGAUUGCAUCCCAGUACAGCUUUUGCCACUCUUUUGUUGACUAUGAGGGCCACUCCAUUUCUUUUAUGGGAUUCUUGCCCACAGUAGUAGAUAUGAUAGUCAUCUGAACUGAAUUUGCCCAUUCCUGUCCCUUUUAGUUCACUGAUGCCCAGGAUGUCAAUAUUUAUUCUUGCUAUCUCAUUUUUGACCACAUCCAACUUACCCAGGUUCAUGGUUCUUACAUUCCAGGUUCCUAUGCAAUAUUUUUCUUUACAGCAUUGGACUUUCCUUUCGUUUCUAGGCAUAUCCGCAACUGAGCGACCUUUCGGCUUUGGCCCAGCCGCUUCAUCAGCUCUGGAUCUACUUGUACUUGUCCUCUGCUCUUCCCCAGUAGCAUGUUGGACGCCUUCCGACCUGAGGGGCUCAUCUUCCAGCGUCAUAACUUUUAUAUCCCUUUUGUCUUUGUCCAUGGAGUUUUCUUGGCAGGGAUACUGGAGUGGCUUGCUGGUUCCUGCUCCAGGUGGAUCACGUUUGGUCAAAACUCUCCACUAUGACCUGUGCAUCUUGGGUGGCCCUGCACGGCAUAGCUCAUAGCUUCUCUGAGUUAUUCAAACCCCUUUGCCACGGCAAGGCAGUGAUCCAUGAAGGGGUCCAAAGCAACUACUCUAUUCCAAACUUAAAAAUGGAAAGCAUAAUGCUGGUGGUCAACAAAAGAGGUUUAAAGACUCUCUCAAGGCAAAUCUAAAAAAAGUAGUAUAAACAUUGACAAGUGGGAAACAUUGGCCUGUGAUCACCCUGAGAACAGCCUUUACCAAAGGUGUCAUACCUCUGAAGAUGCUCAAACUCUGGAAGAAAAGGGAGAAACAUGUUAAGAGGAAGGCACACCUGGCAAACCCUCACCAUGAUCAACUCCUGAUCAGAAACCUCGGUCCCCACUGUGGAAGGACAUUGUGUGGAUCCAGAAUUGGCCUCUGCAGGCACUUACAGACACACUGUUCAAACCGUGCUCAUGGAAGACAAUCAUACUUUUUUUUAAGAAAAAAAGGGGCUGGUACUCACCAUGAAGUUGUCACCGUAAGUGCCACACUUUGAACAUCCGGAAAAGGUGCCGCUACUGUAUACUCUUAAGGAGACCCAGGAAAAAAGCACCGGCAGGCCUGGAUUUUUCCUCAGUGUUUGCUCCCAAAGGCUUCCUCACGAAUGAGUAGAGCUGCAAGGCAGGGGAGCUUUAGGGUGGGAGUUUCCCUUCUCCCGGACGGAGGAGCCCCACCUGCCCCUCAUUUCCCUGCAGCCCCCCGAAGGAGACCCGCCAUGGAGCGGGCUGCCUGGCCUGCUCUGCAGAGGCCACUUUCGGCUCGUCUCGCCUUGGCCCGGCCUCCCGCAGGGCUGCUGCUGCUGGGGGGGGGAUGGGGGCCCCUCCAGGACUUGUGAGCUUCAACGCGCCUCUUUCAUUUCAGGGCUUCGUUUGUCCUUCUUUGCUGGCCACCCGCUCUGAUAGCCGCUCUCUCUGCUUUAACGUACAUUAUAAAAUGCCCCGAAGGCCCUCCUUGCGAUUCCUACAUUGCAGGAGCUUCGACUGGAUGACCCCCGGGGUCCCUUCCCAAAAGGAAAUAUUUACCAAAAUAAUAAUAAUAAAUACAAUCUCUGGGUUCUGGGCGCAAGUCUCCCUGGCAGCGCGGCCGCCUGAGGCUGAGGCGCGUGCGCGGGAGAAAAAGGCGGGAGUUUCGGCGCUCCCCUCCCCCGCGCGCCCAACCGCCGCCUCCCGGACGGACAAGUUCCCGCUCUUCUCGCUCAAACCGAAGGUCGCCCGUUGAGUGGCCGCCGUGCGGCUGACGAGCGUGGAGCGCAGCCAAUCCAGAACCGCAGAGGAGGCCCGGCCGCUCUCCCCGCCGCCCAAUCGCGGGGCUCGGAGGCGCGGCCUCUCCGGGCGCCAGCGAAGGAAAACAACAAAACCCCGCCCAGUUUCUCGGCCUCUUUCUCAGGGGAGGGGGCGGGGCUUCCUCGGGAGGGCGGGGCCUUGGCUGCGUCCGCCGGCCAAUGGGCGCCGAGCGGGGCGGGGCGGCGCUUCCAGAGAGUUCCUCUCGAGGAAGGAAGCGGUCGGGGCGUCGGAGGGUGAGUGAGCCGGAGGGGGGGGGGCGGGGAGCUCCUCGGACGCCGGGGUCCUUUUCCCUCUUCUCCCACGCCACGCCCCCUCCUUCCCCGGACGCCUGGGUCCUCUGGUGUGGGGGGGGCCGCUCCUCGGACGCCUGGGUUCCCCUCCUGCGCUCACCCAGCAGCCGCUGCUGUGAAAAACUCCCUUCUGAGGCCCUGGCUGGCUAUAUUGACGUCUCUCGCUCUUUAUUGUGUUUCUUUAUUUCGUAAAAUGUACACACCGCUCGAGUGUAAAACAACCACCCUCAAAUCGGAUUACAGAAAUAUAAAUAAAUCAAGAAAAAUAUACCAUGGUACUUUAAAACAUACGAAAAGUCAAAAUAUUAAAACAGAUUCUAAGGAUCUGGUUGGACUUACCUAAACAAGAAUGUAUUUAGCAUUUUUAAAAAUGUAUUUUUAAAGAGGGUUUUUUUGUUUCUGUUUUCUUUUUCUUUUUUAGCUAUGGGUUUUUAUUGCUUUCGUUAUUGUGUUCUUGCUGUUUAAUCGUUGUGAAGUUUAUUUUGCUGUGCCUUUUUAAUUCUUAAUUUCUUACUGUAUAAGCCGCUUUUAAAUAUUUCACUGGGGGAGGUUGAGGAUUUAGGGGCAGAAACUCAGGCGAGGCUCUUCUGGUGGUGGCCCCUUGGAGGCUCCCACACUCAUGUGUGAUUUUUCCUUCUUCAUUAGAGGCGUUGAAUAAACUUCCUUUAGGAGAAACUAGGGCCCAGGAAAUCUCCUGUAAAUGCCAUAAUAAACUUUGUUCAGUCUUUAAGCUGGAGCUGCAAAAAUCUUGCCUUGAUUUCCGCUGCAACUUUGGCUACUUUUGAGCGAGUCCUAGUUGGAGAGAGAAGGUCACACACAGAGAAAGCAAACAAGACGUCCUGUUGUUGUCCCCGGCUGAUAAGAGUCUUCCUUUCCUCUCCCAGACUUCUCCUCACGUGCCUCUGGAAGGGAGCCCAGCUGACCUCAGGGGGACUUGCUCCCAGCUCAGUGCGCACAGGAUUGCAGACUGGGUCCUUCCUGGGGGAGUAUUCUCAGUAUAGGGCUAUGAGCCAGGAUGUUUCAGCAGCAUAUUUUUAAAAUGACUUGUUGCAGAUAAAGCUGAAGCAAAAUAGGCUCUGCCCGUGGGCAGCGUACAACUUCCUGUCUCUGCUUUAAUUGUGUUGUUCCUCCAUGCAUCUUUCUUGGGCUUGGACUAGAUGACCCUUGGCUUCCCUUCCAAUUCUAUGAAUCUGUUGCUUAACACUGUUAACGGAGAAAUCUGAGGGCUCCCUUGGACAAAAAACAAGGACACCAGCCAGGAAUACCAGAGCAGCCAGUCGGCUUGGUCUUGACUGAAGACUGUCUCGCGACAGGACUCCCACCUGCCACAAGGUGGAACAAGAUGGAAGCCCCAAACAAAAGAGAACCCAAACUUUUAUUAGCUGCUAAUCCCCGUGUUACACCCCCCCAACUACAUCACUCAUACAUCAUGGUUACAUCAUGAAAGGGGAGGUCUGGUGGCCGUAAUCUGAGCAUCCUGGACCCUGCCCCAUGGUUCCCCUUGCCCUCCAACAAACACCCAUCAAGUGUAGCAAAAGAGAUAUUUACAUUUCCCUGUUUCCCAGCGGUUAAUCACACCCUUUUGUCUUCAUCAUUACCUGUCUGGCACUCAGGUAUCAGGAUGCCAGGGAUUAUCACUCAGGCAGAGGGGCUGCUGAGGAGCUGAGCUCACAUGUCUAUAUGAAUUUCUGAAGUUUUCCCAGUGAGCCAGUACAUAGAUAUAGUGGUACCUCGGGUUACAUACGCUUCAGGUUACAUACACUUCAGGUUACACACUCCGCUAACCCAGAAAUAGUGCUUCAGGUUAAGAACUUUGCUUCAGGAUAAGAACAGAAAUCGGGCUCCGGCGGCGUGGCAGCAGCAGGAGGUCCCAUUAGCUAAAGUGGUGCUUCAGGUUAAGAACGGACCUCCGGAACGAAUUAAGUACUUAACCCGAGGUACCACUGUACAUUUAUCAGUGAAUUGUUACAUUUGGUAUCGUGCAGCAGAGGCCCUUUGAAUAGGCAGGAAGAAACUGAUGAAGUGUUUUGUGGGGACAAAUCACAAAAGUCACAAAAGUGAUGGUGCUGAUUCUGGUAGUGGGCUGCAUGUGCAAGAUAUCUGCUGGAGGGGCAACCCCCCCAACCUAUACAUAAAUUCCUGCAACAACACACUGUCACUCUUUUUACACCAGUUUUCCAAGGAUGAUUCAGGUUCCUUUUCAGCCUUGACCCUCUGCAUGGCAGGCCAAAAAAGACUGACCCCCAGAUCCAAAGUCAGCUGGGAGCAAUGCUUCUGAAUCCCAGUUGCUGGAAUCCACAGGAGGGAAGCAGGCUCUUGUGCUCGGAUCCUGCUUGCCGGUUUCCCACACAACUGGUGGACAUCCCAGAAAGCUGCAUGUGGGAAGAUUCAGGACAGAUGAAAGGAAGCCCUUCUUCACACAGCAUGUAGUUAAACUAUGGAACUGGCUCCUGCAGGUGGCAGUGAGGACUACCAACUUGGAAGGCUUUGAAAGAGAAUUAUACAAAUUCAUGAGAGCGGGUAUUUAUGGCUACUAGCAGUGAUGGCCAUGGUCUGCCUUCUGAAUAAGAGCUGCUGGGAACUGCAGGAGUGGGGGGCGGUCCUACUUGUGGGGUUCCCACAAUAAGCAUCUGGUUGGCCACUCUGGUUAGCCCCCUCCCUUUGGUCUGAUCCAGCAGCCAGGCUCUCCUUAUGUCCUCAGGGAACCUCCAGUUCCAGAGGCAGUCUAUCUUGGUUCCUAGAUUCUUUGGACUAUUUGGCCACUGUGAGAACAGGAGGCUGAACUAAAUGGGUCAUUGGCCUGAUCCAGCAGGCUCUUUGAGUGCUCUUGUCUGCUUUGUGGCAGAGCAUCUGAGAGCCUGGGGCUCAGUUCCUGCUGGCGUCUCCAGGUGGGGCUCUGAAAGCAGCCUUGGAAAGAGGUCUGACUCAGUAUAAGUCAGCUUCCUUAUUUGUUGGGGUGCAGCUGAGGUGUCGCUUGCCGGCCCCGAUCCUGUUGCUUUAGGGUGCUGACUGAGCAAACAGGAUGCAGCCUGGCUUAGAGGGGGAGGAUCGUCCUGGGAGUCUUGCUCUCCUGCUUGCUCAGUCUAUCUCGACUUGAGCAAGAACUGAAGCUGACUGCACCAGAUUGCGGCAGCUGAUGGAAGUUCUGAGGAAAUCUAUUGCACCCUGCUCCUUUAAAAAAUAGGGCAACCCAAGGCACAUUUCCUAGAAUUGUAGAAGAGUCAGAAGGGACCUUCAGAGCCAUCUAGUCCAACCCAAUGCAGGAAUCAUCUGGCAAGGGGCCACCCAGCAAGCAGUUGUGCAAUGAAAAGCAACCACAGGCGUCCCUACCUGGGCCUCCAUCGCACAGCCGUGCCAAGACCUUGUUCCAGGGAUGGAGGGAGGUGCUGCUGGCACCUCAGACGCUCACCCCGCAGCCACAGUCUCCGCGUGCCGUGCUGGUCACGCUUGUGGGAGCCUGUGGUGGCGCCUGGGCUCUUCCCGGGUGCAGCUGCAAGCGCCCAGAGAACCUGUUUGGCUGGAUGCCGGCCGGGGUAGGCCAAGGAGGGAAGGAGAGGAGUGGAAGUGGCAGCGCCACAAACCUGCCCUAGAUAGCUGUUUCUGCACCCAGCCGCUGAGAGGCUCCUGCUCUGCUGAACGUGAGGCAGUGUGUUCCUCUUUAAAUCGGCCAUUUAUUCAGAACCAUGAGGACUGGAAUCUUGCUUUAUUUUAAAAGGGAGGACUGUAGCUGAGUGCAGUGUUAAAAAUUAGCCAGGUGCAUUUUGUCACGGGUCCAGUGGUGACCACGUGGAGAUCUCUGGAUGCCAGGCUGGCGCCUGGGGAAAGCAAAAUGUCACUUAGAGAAGGAUCUGAAAUACUUUCCUUGAAGGUGGAAUUUGUCUUUAUUCUGGAUAGCUUUAUUUGAUGCUUUAAUGUGCUGUAAACCGCUUUGAGGUUUGUUCUUCAAAAUAUAAAGCGGUAUAGAAAUAACAACAACAAUAAUAAAUUUCCUUGGGGGGAAAAGGCACAAGACAUUCCGUUCUGGCCACCGUAACCCAGGUCUGAAACCCUGGAGAGCUGCUGCCAGUCCAGGUAGACGAUACCAAGAGCAGCUUUGUAUGUCCUUGGAUGGAUGGGGACAUAGGAGGCGGCCUCAUAUUGAGCCAGGCCAUUGGCCCAUCUAGCUCAGGAUUGCCUGCCCUGACCGACAGCAGCGGCUCUCCAGGGUUUCAGACCAGGAUUCAGCCCUCCAUGGAGAUGCCGUUUGGAAGCUGAAGCUGCCUGGCUGCCUGCGACCUUGUCUUCCAACUGGAGGGUGGGUGGAGUUCAGCUGUGGAGCGGAUGCCCCGCUCUCCUGCCCAGUCCUUGGGUUUCCCCAGAGUGAGAUAGCCGGGCCUCUUUUGGCCGAGAGUGCAAAGCUGUUCUGGUCAAGGCCAGGAGAGCUCUUCCCACAUUUCCUUUGAGGCCUGCUUUGAACCAGGCGCUGAACAUGUAGAGAAUUCCUUUGCACUUGGCAUGUAAGAGCCUGGCUGCUGCUGCUGGAUCAGGCCAAAGGGGGGCCCCUCUAGUCCAGCCUUCUGUUCUCAUGGUGGCCGACCAGGUGCCCCUUAUGGGAAACCUGCAAGCAGGGUCCAAGCGCAAGAGCAACUCUCCCAGCCCCUGGGAUUCAGGAGCAUGGCUUCCUCUCCGCUCCGGAGGCAGAGCAUGGCAUGGGGACUAGCAGCCUUCCAUAGCCCUCUCCUCCACCUUUCCAGGUUGGUGGCCCUGGCUGCCCCCUGCAGGAGGGAGUUCCACAGUUGAACUCUGUGCUGCAUGAAGAAGUCCUCCUUUUUCUCUGUCCUUUAUCCUCCAACAUUCAGCUUCACUGGGUGCCCACCAGUUCUGGUGUCAUAAGAGGGAGAGAACCUUUUCUCCAGGCACAGGGCCGAGUUUGCCUCUGCCUGCUUUUCUCUCUCUGCGUUCUUCAUGCCGUGCAUAAUCUUAUAAACUUACAGCAUGUCGUCUGUCCUGUCGGAUUUGUUUUAGCUCAUUCACGAGUGGAGCGUGGAAGUCGGACAGGGUGUUGCGUUUGGUUGAAAGGCUUUCAGGAAGGAGGCUUUAAAGUGCUGAAGUUGAAAAGCUUUAAGGAACAAACAAAUCCCUGUCUUGCGUUGGCUUUGUUGUGGGGCAGGAUCAGACCCUGAAAUCUGCCGUCCCAAAGCUUUUCCUUGCCGACUCCCCUGUGCGCUGCUUCCAGUGUGGGGCAGCGCUUUUUGCCCACGGAGGAGCUUUUCUGCCCCGGAGCAGGAGCCUCAGGCCAGCCAGGUGGGGCAGCCCAGCACGCCCAGCUUUGCCUGGGAGAUCAAAGGCCCAGCGUGGCCUCCGUGCGCCUCAGAAGUGGCUCUCUGAGUCCUUGGUUUCUUGCUUGUUCAGGGUAAUCUGGGAAGUCGUCCUGGGAAGAAGAGCUUUUCCCAGGCUCCCUCCCUGAGACUCCCCGUCUGGGAUGCGGCUUGGCUUUUCUUGCUAAGCAUUACAUGUGGACUCCUGGCAGCCCUCCCAUUCAUAGGAUCGUAGACUUGUAGCGUUGGAAGGGGUCCCAUGGGGCAUCUAGUCCAACCCCUGCAUUUGCUCACCGGGAAUCUCAGGAAGUUCCCUUGCACUGGCCGGCAGCAGUGGCUCUCCAGAGUUACGGAAGCAGGACGCUCCCAGCCCUACUCAGAGAUGCCUGCUCUGCCCAUUGAGCUGUGGUGCUCCUUCCCCAAACCUCACCCAGGCAGGCCAGGAUAAGUGAAUGGGCUUGCAGCCCUGUUCACGUAUUUAUUUAAGAGAUUUCUUACCCGCCCUUCACUGUAAGGUCCCAGGACGGGUUGCAGUGACAUAAUCAUUCCGCUAAAAACAAGAGAGGUAGGGCAGUUUGUGGAAAGAAAUGCAAGGACUCUGAGCAAAAACAACAAAGCAGGAGGGCUGAGCCCCACGCAGAAGUGCUGUCCCAGGGCCGGGUGCACAGGUGUGUCUGCCACCCAUGGCGGGACCUGACUCAGGGUGGUGCCAGACGCAUCUCUGUGGGGUGAGAGGGUCACCGCUUAGGGGCAGCGACAGAGAAGGCCCCCGACCAUCAUUCCCUCCACUUCUGCAGCUGACCGAAUGGCCAAGAGGGCCCCCCGACUUACAGUGGGGCCCCAAGUGACUUGCCCAGUUUUCUGCCCUCCGGCAGGACCCUGUUGCCUGGCACAAAACCCGCUUCCGUCUUCUUGAGGACCCUAGGACCCCAAGAGGAGCUCCUGGAUCAGGCCACCUCCCAUCUAUUCCAGCAUCCUGUUCUUUUUUUUUUUUUAAUAUUUCAUUAAGGAUUUUCUUGUUUUACAGAAGUAAGUGUAGUGCCUCGUAUUUUUUUUUCAUGUAACAUUUUUACAAAUCCGUUUCAUUUGUUGAGGCAUUAGGGGGAGAAGAAAAAAAAGAAAAAAGAAAGGGGGUGGAGAGAGGGAAGAUGGAUGGGGGUGGGGUCGGGUGGCGGUGUUUCUAUUAUGUUUAAUGUAUGUAGAGUUUGGGGUCAGCGUUGCUUGUGUUGUUCACUUGUGUUCCUUUGGUGCUGAGAGAGGUUGGGGUUGGCCUAGGGUGUGGCUGUUCAUUUGUGGUUGGCUAUGGUGAUCUUUGUUUUCGUGUGUGAGUGAGGUGGGUGGGUGUUUUGGAUCAGGUUAGCCAUAUUGAUUUGUAUGCUGUUGGUGGAUUAUUGUCGUUGUCCUGUUGGGCUGUGUAUGUGAUAAAGGGGAGCCAUACCAGGGUGAAGGCAUCUUCUUCUGUUUGUCCCCAUGUCAGUUUCAGUUUAUUAGUUAAUUUUUCUAGUAGGGCUGUUUCCCAUACUAUUUGGUACCAUUGGUCCAUGCUUACUCCUGACAGGUCUCUCCAGUGUCUGGUUAUGGUGUUUCUGGCUGCUGAGAGCAGGUGGGUUAUGAGUUCUUUGUGGCAGCAUCCUGUUCUCACAGUGGCUGAACAGUUCCACAAGCAGGAUUCGAGAACAAGACCCCUCUCCCCGGUUGUGGCUUCCAGCAACUGGUGCUCAGAAGCCUUGCUGCCUCUGACAAUGGAGGCAGACCAUAGCCAUUGUGGCUAGUAGCCCCUGAGCCUGAAGCCCUGGAGAGCUGCUGCCAGCCAGGGCGGACAUUAUUCAGCUGAAUGGACCAGUGCUUUGACUGGGUAACCUCCGUGUUGGAUGAUAUCCAGCCCCUUCUGUCAGCUGAGUUGACGUUUAGCAUUCCUUCAACAGUGGAACAGCCUACUCUCCUCUUUUGGAGGCUUUUUAAAUCAAGAUUAAUCAGGGAUCCUUUAGCUGUGGUUCCUGCAGUGCAGCGGGGGUUGGACUAGAUGACCCUUGGAUGCCUCCCAGCUCUACAGCUCUGUGCUUCCAUCAGGGCUGGACAGCAUCUGUGGCCCUCCAGGACUUGUGGGGACGACACUGUCGCGGCUGAGCCUGGCUGCUGGGAGUUGGGAGUCCAGCAGCCCCUGGAGGGGGCGGCACCCACGUUUGCCAGAGGGCUUUGCAGAAUGAGGCUCUUCUCCUCUUGCAACCCGUGGCCGCUUGGCUCCUCUUGGGCAAGGCCUUCCCAAGGGAGUUUUUCUGCUGACUCAGUGCUGCCAAAAGAGCUGAGGGAAGCAGGGCACCCCGAGACCCUCCUCCAGCUGUUUGGAGGAGCUUUGGGCAGAGAAGAGGGGCAGCCCCUUGGCCCUCGGCGGCCCCCAUGAACUACAGUCCUCUGCCUGUGUGUGUUUCCAAGGGCUGGAGCGUGGCCCUUUGGGGCUGGCCCAUCGUGAUUUAAAUUGAUUUGAUUUAAAUCAUAUCCACCCUGCUGAGCUGGAUGGGCCAGUGGUCUGAUUCAGUCGAAGGUAGCAUCCUCUGUUCCUAGAUGGACCAAUCGGUCUGACUCUGUCUGAGGAAGAUGCCCUUGUUCCCAGAUGAGGACUAGAAUCUUACUUUGUUUCCAGGGGAAGAGAGUGACAGGCGGCCCUGGCCAAAGUGUGCCACGGGCGGGCGGGGCCAGGCUGCUUCGUUAGCAAGUGGCAAUUAAGGCCUUAAAGGAGGGCUUGGUGCGCUGGGUUGCGCAGCGGACGGAGAGGAAAGUAGGGCAGGGGAAUCUUGCUUGGUCUGGGCUUUUUUUUGGUGCUGCUGCUGCAGCUCCCGUCCCACGCCCUCCGGGGCUCAGGAGGCAUUCACGCUCGCCCUGUGAGGCGGGCCAGGUAAUCAGCACCUUUGGGAUCUGACGCACUCAGCCCCGCCACGCCCUCCUGCUUCCUCCAACCGGUCCGUCCGCACAGGGAAGAGCGAGAGGAGGAGGAGAAGGCACUCUUAAUUGGGAAGCCGCAGCAGCAGGGCACUGGCAGCCCCACCUGCCUGACAGGUGUCUGUUUGGGGGAAGAAGGCCAGCGAGACUCUCUGGGAGCCAGCCCAGCCAUUAAAGGGGGCUCUUCCCUCUUGGAUCUUUUGGCAGCCAGCAUCCUGGGGCUUUCACAAGAGCUGCUUCUGUUUUCCUGAAUGACCCCCAGGUCCUCUCUCUAGGGCAAAGGCUCUCUCUGGGCUUGGACGGGUGAGCCAGGGGGACUUGACGCUGCCGGACGCUGACCGCUGAGCUGCCUCAAGGAAGAUGGUGAAGGAAACCGGGUACUACGAUGUGCUGGGGGUCAAGCCCUGCGCCACGAUGGAGGAGAUCAAGCGCGCUUACCGGCGCCUGGCGCUGAGGUACCACCCAGACAAGAACCCCAGUGAGGGGGACAGGGUAGGUGCCGGGGGCUGGGCGGGCUGGACUACAUGACCCUUGGGGGUCCCUUCCGGCUCUCCCGUCCUCUGACUCGACACCUUCUCUCCCCCCCCCCCAGUUCAAGCAGAUUUCCCAGGCCUACGAGGUGCUGUCGGACCCCCACAAGAGGUCGAUGUACGACCGCGGGGGGGAGCGGGCCAUGAAGGAAGGCGGCAGGGGCGGCUUCGGGCCCCCCAUGGACAUCUUUGACCUGUUUUUCGGAGGCGGGCCCCGCACCCACGGUCCCCGCGUGGAGAGGAGAGGUACUUGGGGGCAAGGGGGGGCUGGCCUGGCGGGGGGGGGCUUUGCUUCCUCUGGGAGACAGACUCUUGCUGAGAAGGCUGUACUAGGAGGAGCAGAGUCAGGCUCCAUUGCCAUUUAUUUAUUGAACCUUCCACUUUCCUGCUCAGGAAGUUCUCACCCAGACACCUUCUUUGAGUUCUAAAUUUAUUUGCUAUUUUUAAGCGUUUUGAAUAAUCUUUGGUGUCGCCUUGAGACAGUUGUAUAGAAUGAAUCCUGAAAAUGGAAAAACAGAAAUGAAUCUUGUGGCCACCUGCCCUUUGGGAAGGCGGUUUGUGGUUCACAGGCCAUACGGGAGAAGUGGGGUGUGGGGACGGGGCCCCCACUGAGGGAUGGCAGCAGCACCCUGAAACUUGGCUGCUUGGUAGUUCGGAGGGAGGGGAAUCCUCCUAAGCCAGGCGUGGGGGUCCCCAAAGGCACGCUUCCCACCCCUUCACCACUGACCUGUUCCACAUCGAUAUUUUAGUGUGGCAGCCCCUGCUCUGUGGAACUCCCUGCCUGUUGACGUCAGGCAGGCACCAUCACUGCGUUUUUUAUGGCACCUGCCAAAAAACCACAUUUGUUUAGACAAACCUGUAUCCAGACAUGUAGAACGUUGGUGUAUGCUUGUUUUUAGUUUAUUCCUGAUUUUAAUUUUAAAUGUUUCAAAUGGUUGUUUUUGCUGAUAAAUUUUAUUCCUUUCUUUGUAAACCUCCUGAGGCUUUUCUUUGCGUGCAAAUUUUGUGAAAUAGAUGCAAUGCCUCCCCGUGGGCCCCACUAGCUGCUUGGGCUGGUGGCAGUUGGACUCCAACAACGUCUUGGAGUUCCGCAGAUCCCCCAUCCCUGGCCAAAACAAAUCCCUGAGAGCUGAUGAUCUGCUCUGGCCUUCCUGAGGUCCAUUGACACGGAUAGGCUCACUGAGGCCCAUUGAUUCCAAGGGUGCAACUGAGUUGGACCCCUGCCGUCACAGAGCGAGGAGGGAUGUGCUGCUGUGCUUGUUUCAGAUUGAAUUGUUGUUGUAAUGGAUGUAUGUUUUUGCAUGGGGCGUAGAAUCAGGCCACCCAGCCAACCCCUUGCAGUGCAGGAAUCACAACCAUAGCCGUCAACGUUUCUCUUUUUUUAAGGGAAAUUCCCUUAUUCCAAAUAGGAUUCCUCGCAAGAAAAGGGGAAAGCUGACAGCUAUGAUCACAACUAAAUACCCACGUGGCGUAUGCUGCUGGAGAGCGGCUCUGAGAGAUCUGAAGAGACGUUUAGGAACGCCUUUAUAUGAUUACUAAAUGUAUUCCUAUUCUGCCUGGGAUUCAAGGCGGCGUCUGACAUUUAACAACAUCAUUCUAGAAUACAGAGUAAUAAAAGCAAGCAAUAGUUAGAACACAGAUAGAACCCGUCAUUAAGGUGCAGCGAUUUGCCCAGCGGAUCUGCAUCGCCUGCCCCAAAGGCCUGUCUGGACAGGAAGGUCUCAGCCUCUGGCGGCAGGAUAACAAAGAGGGAGCCAGUUUCGCUUCUCUCCGGAGGGAACUCCACAGUAGUCAUAAUGAGGAUAAACACCAGUCCCUUGAUUUCAGUGGGUCUCCUCUGAGUAGGCCUUGGUGGCUGGAUGUAACCCGGAGGGUGGGGGGCUGUGCUGGUGCCCCCUUUAGACUGGCCGAGGCUGUCCUUCUGGUCCUCCUCUUCCUUCCAGGGUGAAGGGUGUGACUCUCCUCCUCCUCCCCCCCAUCCAAGCUCCCAGUAAUUGCAUCCUGUUCCCUUGAGAUCUCUGAGAAGGCUUUGCCGGCUGCCUAAUUGCCCUGAGUAACCCUCUCAGAAAUGCUGCCUUCCUGCCGACAGGGCGCUUUGCAGCUUCAGGACGGCUGCCAUGUGGCCCUGGGGGCUUCUCAGCAGCCUACAGGUGGGGGCAUUGGAUGGACAAAGAGGGGGUGAUAUCGCAUAGCCCUCUCUGCUGAUCCAUACAGGCCCCUCUGUGAGAGCCAGACUUGCUGAGGUGUCAGACUUGGGCCUGAGUGGGACCUGGGUUCAAAUCCUCCCCAUGAAGCGCUGACUGGGUGUGACCUUGGGGUAGUCUCAGCCCUGGCCUCCCUCACAGGGUUGUUGCUGUGGGGAUUAAAUGAGAUGGGGCAGAGCCAUACUGUUAUAAUAUUUAUUUAUAUCCCACUGAGGGUGACUCAAGGCUGCUUACAGCUAAAAUAGGAACAGCUAAAAGCAUUGAGGGGUGGGAAGCAAUAAUUAAAAAAAAACCCAAUUAAACAUUUAGACAUAUAAAUAAAAUACCUGAUCUGUUAAAACAUACGGAUCAUUACAAUAAAAGUAUACAAGCCACCUGGAGCUCCUGGGAGCAAAAAGUGGGACAAACAUGCCAAUAAAUGAAUCAAUCAGUCCUGGUGGAAAUUCCCUAGAGGGUAGGACCCAAAGCAGUGGAUUCAAAUGACAAGCAAAGAGAUUCCGACUAAUCACCAGGAAGAACUUUGUGAGAGUGCAAGCUGUUCCACAGUAGAAAGGACUUUCUCAGAAGGUGGUGGACUCUUCUACCUUGCAGGUUUUAAAGCAGAGGUUAGGUGGCCACCUAUCAGUGAUUCUUAAGUUUAUUUACUUGAUUUCAUAAAAUUUACACACCAUUUGAUUGUUAAAAGCCUUUGAUUGUUAAGUGACUUAAAACAGUAAAAUCAAGAAAAAAACUACCACCCUACUUUAAAACAGACAAAAGUUAAAAUACUGAAACAGAAUAAAAUUAACUCAACUUUCAUUCUAGGAACAACUGUUUAGAAAUUGGUGCCUGAGUUUUGAGUUUUCCUCCUCCCUCUCUGUCCCUUUUCCCUUGCGUGUCGUGGUGGGUUUUCUUUCCAAACAAGACUGUAAGCCUGCAAGGAGGAAUGGUCUUGCUUUGAUUGUAUGUCAGCCACUCUGGGAGCCUUUGGGGAUGAAGAGCAGGACGCAAAAGGCCCCAAAUAAACAAACGGUAGCUCCUUGGUGAACAGCAAGAGGUUUCUGAUGCUUUGGCCUCCUUGUUUCAGGGAAGACGGCCGUCCACCAGCUGUCGGUGACCUUGGAGGACCUGUACAAUGGCGCCACGCGGAAACUCUCCCUGCAGAAGUCCGUCAUCUGCAAGAGCUGCAACGGUGAGCGAGGAGGGGGCAGGAGUGUGUGGCGGGGGCUCCUUUGGGUGAUGGAACUCCCUCCUGCAGGGGGCGGUGAGGAUCGUCACUGUGGACAGCUUUGAAAGAGGAUUAGAAGACAAAUUCAUAGAAGAGGAGAGGGCUUCCAGGGCUAACUAGUCAGAGGCGGCAAUGAUUCUGAAUCCCAGGGGCUGGGAACUGCAGGAAGGGAGAGUUGCUCUUGUGCUCGGGUCCUGCUUAGGAGUUUCCCAUUAGGGCACCUGGUGGGGACGGGAUGUUGGGUUAAUUGGGUCCCCCUUGACUUCAUCCGGCAGCCAGGCUCUUCUUAGAGUUUUGUAGAGCCUCCAGGUCCAGAGGCAGUGUAUCUGGAUUCCUAGCUUCUUAGGGCCAUUUGGCUGCUGAGAAGAGGAGGCUGGACUAGAAGGGCCCCCUUGGGCCUGAUCCAGCUGCGGGGCUCUCCUUCUUGAGGCUGUCAGAUCAGGGACGCUUUCCUCCCACGCCAAGCCGUUUCUGUUUCCUUCCCAGGCCGUGGAAGCAGGGAAGGGCUGGACACGCGGUGCCCCAAGUGCCAUGGCUCUGGCGUGGAGGUCAUCGUCCACCAGCUGGGGCCCAACAUGGUCCACCACAUCCAGACGAUGUGCUCGCAGUGCAAGGGCCAGGGGGAGUGGCUGAGGGCGCUGGACCGCUGCCUGGCCUGCAACGGCAGGAAGGUCAUCCGAGAAAAGAAGAUCCUCAACGUCCACCUGGACAAAGGUGAGUGAGCCCCGCAAGGUCUUCUCCACAGGGCUGGCAGGGGCAAGGCAGGGGGAGAGCCUGUCCGCCCAGCAGUGGCACCGGGGGGCAAAUUGGGGGGUCAGCUUGUUCCUUGGGGUGUGUCGUAUCUCUCUUGAUGCCAGGAAGUGAGAAGCUGGGAUUGUGCAUUGUCUGCCAGGAUGGAAAGGGAGCAGAAUUAAUAGGGUCUAAAGAGAUUUAGUUACAAGAAAAACCCGCUUUCCUUUUUUUUAAGCAGAAAACGGAGCCACAUUUGGCCCAUCAGAAAAGCGAGGCCUCCCAAACUUUGUUUGUUUGUUGGGUUUCUAUCACACCUUUCCUCCAAGGAGCUCCAGGUGGCAGACACAGGUCUCCCUCUCCUCAGUUAACCCCCACGACAGCCCUGCAAGGCAGGCUAGGCUGGCCCAAAGGCAGCCCGUGGAAGCUUGGUGGCCGGGUCGGGAUUCGAACCCUAAUCUCUCCCAGGUCCUGGUCUGACCUCUAGUCGCUGGGCCACCACUUUUUCUCUCAAAAUGGCUUCACCAACCAAAACGUCACAAAACUGCAGCAAGCUUCUGAAGUGUUUUUUUUAAUGAUGUUUUAAUUGAAUUUUGUUCUCCAGAACUCUUUGUCAGGCAGAAUUAGGGGGUGGGGAGGGAAGAACAUAAGAGCUCAUGGAAGGACAGAGAUUUGGCUGGAUUUUUGUGUAGGCUUGGCUCCACGGUGGGGGCGGGUGGCUGGCUGAAUCAGUCCCUCCCAAGCCCUGCAAAACCUGGUUGCCUCUGCCUGGGGAUGAAGUCUCCAUCUGGUCACACCCACGCCUGGCAUAACACCACCUCUGAGAAAUGGAAGACUGACUUGUCACCCAGCCCUGAAAUGCUGUUCAGAGAGCGGCCUCAAAAGCACACUUAAACGGGGAAGCUGCAGUUGUCUUUUCAUUUAUGAGAAGAGGCCUGUUUUAUGAGAUGCCGUGCACAUCUCAAUUUAUCAAGGCUCCCGGCCUUGAUAAAACCCAAGCCCCAAUUAUUUAUUGAUUUUUUUAAUAAGUCUGGCAUACCUUCACCCAGAGAUCAUAGGGUGGUUCACAUCAUAGAAACACAAAAUGCAUAACAUAAAAAUUAAAGAAUAUCUUCCUACCAACACUUUCAAAAGGCCAUAUAGGGUUUAAUCAGCUGAAGACCUGGUUGAAGAGGAACUUUUUCACUUGGGGCCUAAAGGUUUAUAAGGAAGUCGCCAGGGGAGCCUCCCUGGGGAGAGCAUCCCACAAAUGGGGAGCCACUGCAGAAAAGGCCCUGUUCUCGUUUUGCUGCCCUCCAGACUUCUCAUGGAGGAGGAACACAGAGAAGGGCCUCAGAUAACAAUUGCAGGGUCCAGGCUGUUUCAUAUGGGAAGAGACGAUCCCUGAGGUAUUGCAGUCCUGAGCCAUUUAAGGCUUUAUACAUCAAAACCAGCACUUUGAAUUGGGCCUGGAAACUAAUUAGCAGCUAGUGCAGCCGGGCCAGGAUUGGCGUUCUACGCUCAAACCACCUUGCCUCCGUGAGCAACUUGGCCACUGAAUUCUGCACCAAGUUCACAGUACAGUGUAAAAGCACGUAAAAUGUCCUAAUCAUUUUAAGUGUCUGUUUUGUAACAAUGCCAAGAGCCCAGCAAGCCAGUGCAGAAGGAGACUGAGAGAUAGAAGGCAGCCGGCUCAGCGGGGGUGGUGGUGGUUUUCUGGCAUCCGUGCAGCUCUCUCCUCCCUCCUGCAGGGAUGGCCGACCGGCAGAAGAUCACUUUCCACCAGGAAGGCGACCAGAUGCCCGGCUUUGAGCCUGGCGACGUGGUCAUCGUCCUGGACCAGAAGAUGCACCCCAUCUUCCAGCGCCAGGGCAGCGACCUCAUCAUCAAGAGGGAGGUGAGCCUGGUGGAUGCCCUGUGCGGCUGCCGGCAGAUCAUCCACACCCUGGACAACAGGAAGCUGCUGGUCUCCUCGCGGCCAGGUGAGCGCGGGCGGGAAGAGGGGAUCUGGGCCUGUGGGGGAGAAGGAGCCACGUUUACCCAUGCAAGUGAAAUGGAGAAGUGGCCCUUUGCUUUCAGCAGGGCCUGAAAUGCUGGGAGGGGGCUUCUGAGUCACCAAGGGGCUGCCAGGCUUUAGGAGGGAGGUGUUUGGCAUCUGCCUGCCAAGCCUGUGGACUUUCCUGCCCUGGCCUUGGCCCUCUGCAUGCGCCCAAGGGAGGCUCUGAGAGGUGGAGAAGUUGGUGUCUGGCUCUUCCUCCAGGCCUGGGAACAUCAGAAAGGAGGAGGAGGAGCCUGCUGGAUCCCACCUGGUCCAGCAUCCUGUUUGCACAGUAGCUGACCAGAUGCCCAUUAUGGGAAAGCCCUGGAGCAGGACCUGAGCACAAGGCCUCUCUCUCCCCUCCUGCCAUUUCUAGCAACGGCUUUCCAGAAGCAGGGCUGCCUCUGACUCUUGGCUAGGAGCCAUCAGGGGCCCUCUCCUCCUCUGUGAAUUUGUCCCAUCCUCUUUUAAAGCCAUCCAGGUUGGUGGCCGUUGCUGCCUCCUGUGGCAGGGAGUUCCAGAGUCACGUGAAGUGUAGUAAUUAUACUUGUCAGAGUAGUGCCGAAGUUGCCCCGGGUCGUUUGACCCUUUUCAAUAGUUCUCUUUUUCUCUCCUAGAAAAGACUGUGCAAGAUAGAGUUAUAAAAUAACAUGACUUUUACUUGGUAUGCUGAAACAUAUUUACAUGAAUUGUGUGUGUGUGUGUGUGUGUGUGUGUGAGAGAGAGAGAGAGAGAGAGAGAGAGAGAGAGAAAGAGAGAAUGUGGCUAAUAUUUACAGACUGAUUCUGAGGCACAGAGCAGCAUAACACAACACCUGCUGCUCUCACAGUUAAAGGUCCCUCUCUCGACAGACAAUUGAUGGUGAACGUCACUGAAAACACUUCCGCCUGUGGUUGUGGCAUCAAGGGAUUCUGUGCUAAUCCCCAAUGUCCACCUUCAGUGAUGCCCACCACUUCCAGUGUCAUGAGAGAUGGAGGAAGAGGGAGGAAACCUUUAUUUCUGUCCACAAAUGUGUAUUUCCCUCCUGCCCCCUCUUCUUCGCCUUUCCUGUGAAUGAAGAACCCCCAGGGGCAGCAGCAGACUUUCUGCUUGGGGGAGCCUCUCCACCCCCUUGGUCAUUUUGGAGGCCCUUUCCUGCCCCUUUCCCCAACUCUGCCCUCUCUGUGCCCCUCAGGGACCAUCAUCAAGCCUGGGGAGGCCAAGUGCAUCCCCAACGAAGGGAUGCCCAUCUACCGAAAUCCAACGCAGAGGGGGAAGCUGAUCAUUCAGUUCCAGGUACUGGGGACGCCGGGGGGGACAGGGGGGCAUUCAGGCUUAAUCCAGAGCGAGAGGGACAGGGAGCUGGGAGGGGGGACUUGCUGCAAACCAGUCAUCCACCAUUCUUAAUAGAAUUGUAGUUGGGGUGGAUCUAUUCCAGUCCCUAUGCAACGCAGGGAUCUUGUGCCCAACGUGGGGCUCAAACCCACAACCUUCAGAUUAAGAGUCUCAUGCUCUUCCCAGUUUAUCGUUCCAUAUCCUCUAAGGAAGAGCUUUCAGAGGGAAAGACUGGGGAGGCGGAUUCCCUGGAAAGGAGGUGGGCCCUCUUUUGUUGGAGAUUUUUAAGCAGAGGUCUGUCAGGGAUGCCUUGGCUGAGAUUCCUGCACCCCUUGGGGUCCCUUCCAGCUCUACCGUUCCCUGAUUCCCCCCUCUCUUGCCCAGGUGAAGUUCCCAGACCCCGGCUGGCUGCCCCCUCACCAGCUGCGCCAGCUGCAGUCCUUCUUCCCUCCCCGCGAAGAGGUGAUGGCCACAGAAGACACCGAGGAGGUGGAGCUGCGGGAGCUCUUCACGCAGCCCCACUUCCAGGAGAGGGGCUUCCACCACGAGGACGACUUUGAGGACCCCAUGCGCCACAACGUCCAGUGCCACACGUCGUAG